AUGGCUGUGAUCGGAAACACCAUGCCGACCCUGCUGGAGGCAUCCAAGCUGUACACCGGCGAUGGCACCCCGCUGCCGGUGGCCGAGCUGCUGACCGAGCAGAACCCCAUCCUCGACGACAUCCCGUGGUUCGAGGCAAACCAGACCACCGGCGAGCGCCUGGCCGUUUGCACCGGCCUGCCCUCGGCCGUCUACCGCAAGCUCAACGCGGGUAUCCCGGCGAGCAAGAGCCGCUACGCCGACGUCACCGAGUCGACCGGCAUGCUCACCUCGCUGGGCAAGAUCGAUAAGGCGCUGGCCGACCUGUCCCCGAACGCGGCCGAUUUCCGCGUGCGCGAGAACAUGGGCCACUUCACCGCGAUGAACCAGACGUUCGCGGACCGUCUGUUCUACGGUGAUACGGACAUCAACCCGGAGCAGUUCCUGGGUUUCGCGCCGCGCUUCAGCACCGCCGACCCGGACGAUGCCGAGAACGCCGUCCAGCUGAUCAAUGGUGGCGGCACCGGCACCGACAACUCGUCGAUCUGGCUGAUCGGCUGGGGCAAGGAAGGUGCCUACGGCAUCUACCCGAAAGGCUCGAAGGCUGGCCUGGUCCACAAGGACUACGUGGCUGGCCGUAAGGCGGUCCAGUUCGACGGCAUCCCGGUGCGCCGCGUCGACGCCCUGUCGGUCAACGAAUCGGCGAUCACCUUCCCGUAA